AUGGUUGAGCCUGGGCUUCAUAUUCUUUUUGACAGUGGCAAGGACAGCCCAGACCGCGGCGUUGUAGAAAUAGAUAUAGUCGCUGUACACGGGCUUAAUUUCAGGAACAACCCCGACCACGCGCGAGAUACUUGGAAGGCGAACGACACGUUAUGGCUAAAAGAUUUCCUACCUAACGAACUCGCAAAACCGGCCCGAGUGAUGCUAUUCUCCUACAACUCGAGCCCUGCAAUUGAUGCCGCGGCGACUAAGCUCGCCGACCAUGCCAAAAGCCUACUUCAAUGGCUCCACAUCGAGCGAAAGGACUCACCGCAAAGACCUCUUGUAUUCAUCUGUCACAGCCUUGGUGGUUUAGUGGUUAAGGAGGCUCUUGUCGAAGCAGCUUUAGACGUUACAUAUAAAUCUAUCGCUGAAGAAACCAGGCUACUCGUGUUUUUUGCUACUCCUCAUCGUGGCGGAAAUGGGGUUGGCAUUGGCGAAAUCGUCGCAAAAAUUGUUCGAGCUGGCUUACGAAAGCCAAAGAACGACCUCCUCGAUGCGCUCAAGAAGAAUUCCGAUAGUGCAACUAAACGAUUUGAACAAUCACGACACGUAUACGAGCGAUGCCUUGUUGUAAAUUUCUUCGAAGGAAGAUCGUAUGGGAAGCUCGGAAUCAUAGUUGAUAGGGAUUCCGCAACUCUCGGCCUCCCUGGAGCUCGUGAAAAGCAACUUCCAACAGAUGCUGACCAUAGUACUAUUUGCAAGUUUGAUUCAGUCGACACUCGUGCAUGUCAACUGGUUUUACGGACGAUUGUGACAGAGGUCGACCGUGCACUGGAAAUAGAAUUACGUUACCCAGCAUGUUUCCCAGGGAACGUUCACUGGCUUGUCCCCCGAUCCGUGAAUGCGCUAUUUACCGGUCGACAGAAGAUCAUCACGAAAAUAAAAAACGCCGUGAUCCCAUCUACCGCUCCUAGUGUUCAGAAGAGGUUUAUUUUGACCGGCAUGGGCGGUCAGGGCAAGAGUGAAAUCUGCCUCAAGGUGGCCGAUGAACUUCGCGAAAAGUUCUGGGGUGUAUUCUGGGUCGAUGUCAGCAGCGAUUCAACUGCCAAAGCAGGGUUUUCGAAAAUUGGAAAGAUGUUGAAGUCAGGAGAAGCAGAAAUUGAUGAGGUCCGCGGUUUGCUUUCUAACAUUGACCCAAAGCGUCCCUGGCUCCUGAUUUUAGACAACGCCGACAAUCCAAAAGUCGAUUACAACCAGUACUGCCCCUCUGGUGCUCGAGGCACAGUUCUCAUUACGUCUCGGAACCCUGAGUGCCAAAGAUAUGCGACAGUCGGUCACGAGGAUCUUGGCAGUUUGGACAACAAAGACUGCAUUAACCUCCUCCUACAAUCGAUGCAGUUAACUAUUGCAGAAUCGUCGACAAUCAACUCCGAUGCUGAGAGAGUCAUUGAGGUUUUAGGUUCACACACGCUCGCCAUACUGCAGGCUGGCGCGUACAUCGCCACAGGUAUAUGUACUUUAAGCGAAUAUCCUGGCGUAUUCCAAAAACAAAAUGAACAGGUCCUCAAAUUUAACUUGACCCAGGACCAAUCAAGAUAUCGCAACGUUUUCGCGACAUUGGAAGCAUCGGCAGAAAUCUUGGACCCACCCCAAUCGGCAAAUGCUGAAGAUUCCCUAUAUCUUCUCCGAGCAUUGUCACCACUGCAUUAUGAAAAUGUACCUCUGGGUCUUUUUGCAGGCGCGUGGCAAGGCGCGCAGUAUGUGGGGAAAUACCUUGAAUACGAUGAGAGCGAACGCCUAACUAAUGAGCACGUGUCCCAACUUCCAGAUUUCCUUGAAUGUCAUAGCCAUACCUGGGAUCAGUCUCGUUUGUUGAAGGCUGCGAACCUGCUUGAAUCGCUUGCUCUGAUUAGAAAGAGUGGUGAUGGUGAUCAAUUGACUAUAUCUAUGCAUCCACUCAUACACAGCUGGAUAAAUCUCCGUCAAGAACCUGCUCAGGAAGAAGAAUCUCUUCGCAUGGCUCAGUGCAUCAUAGCACUCUCCCAAUACUAUCAACCCGAUUGGCAGCCGUAUCGAAAUCGCAUAGGGGUCCACGUAUUGUCAGUACUCCAAAGAAGUUCACUCACCCAUGGAUGGGAGCGUCAUCUGUUAGUACCAGUAUAUGUCCACAUUGCCUGGUUACUGCACGAGUUGCGAUAUGACCAAAAGCUGGAAGAACUUCUCCGAUAUAUUUUUACCAAACUACGCCUCGACCCUGAUAACCCAAGUGAGCAGUUUCUAUCCAUUUUUGACAUCGCAGCGACCAACGCCAACUAUCGAGGAAAAAUAGCACGUUCGAUUAAAAUAUCAACAUUCUUACUCCGAAUCCAAGAAAAAACACUUAAUGAGACGCAUCCCGAUCGACUUUCCUCGCAGCAUGGACUUGCAUGCGCAUAUGUAAAGAACGGGCAAAUAGAAGAAGCUAUUGAUCUAUUUCAACAAAUAGUUAAGAUUCGAGAAACAACACAUAAUGAAACGCAUCCCGAUCGACUUUCCUCGCAGCAUGGACUUGCAUGCGCAUAUGUAAAGAACGGGCAAAUAGAAGAAGCUAUUGAUCUAUUUCAACAAGUAAUCCAGAUUCGAGAAACAACUCUUAAUAAAACGCAUCCCAAUCGACUUGCCUCGCAGUAUGGACUUGCAUGCGCAUAUCUAAAGAACGGACAAAUAGAAGAAGCUAUUGAUCUAUUUCAACAAGUAGUCAAGAUUCAGGAAAUAACACUUGAUGAAACGCAUCCCGAUCGACUUGCCUCGCAGCAUGGACUUGCGUGCGCAUAUCUACCUGAGAAUGGGCAAGUAGAAGAAGCUAUUGAUCUAUUUCAACAAGUAGUCAAGAUUCAGGAAAUAACACUUGAUGAAACGCAUCCCGAUCGACUUGCCUCGCAGCAUGAACUUGCUAGGGCAUAUCUAGAGAACGAGCAAAUCGAAAAAGCUAUUGAUCUAUUUCAACAAGUAGUUAAGAUUCGAGAAACAACACUUCAUGAAACGCAUCCCGAUCGACUUGCCUCGCAGCAUGAACUUGCUAGGGCAUAUCUAGAGAACGGGCAAGUAGAAGAAGCUAUUGAUCUAUUUCAACAAGUAGUUAAGAUUCGAGAAACAACACUUAAUGAAACGCAUCCCAGUCGACUCAUCUCGCAACGUUCGCUUGCCUACGCGCUUCAAGUCUAUGCCGAGAGGGACCAACGACAUUCCUCCUCUGAAUCAAAUACAUCAGAAGAGCAACGUGUACCGCAGAAGGCAAAGCGUCAGAGACUACGACGCUUUCUAUCUCAUGGGCUGAGGCGUAUAGUGGGUCGCCGCAAUGUCAAUGUCGCGCCUAUAUCAGAGCAGGAGGAUGAAGGCGGAGGCGAGGUCGAUAGUUAG